GGAUGGAGAGGGGGAGAGGGAGGAGGAGAGGAAGGGGGGGGAAGAGGGGGCAGGGGAGGGAGAGGGGGAGAGGGAGGCAGGAGAGGGAGAGGGGGGAGAGGGAGGCAGGGGAGGAGAGGGGGGGGAGGGAGGCAGGGAGAGGGAGAGGGGGGGGAGAGGGAGGCGGGAGAAUGGAGAGGGGGGAGAGGGGAGGCAGGAGGUGGGGGAGGGGGGAAAAGGGAGCAGGAGAGGGAGAGGGGGGGGGAGGGAGGCGGG